AUGGGUAAGAGAUACCAUGGAAGAUCGAAAACGGAGGGGGAAGAAACGUCUGCUGAUCAAAUGAAAAGUGAAGAUGGAGCAGAAGGGAAGAAAGUUAUUGACGUAGAAUCCGGAGCCGAAAUAGUGACAAGUGAAGGUACCAGCUGCGCCUUCAAAGAGUGGGCUGUUCACCUGAUAAUCCCCCCUGAUGCUGUAUCUGAGCGUACGUCAAUAGUGGUCCACGGAUGGAAAUACAGUGUCCUUUCACCCCCGCUGCAGGAGCAUGAAGCCAUCACUAGCAAUGUUAUUGAAAUAUUUUCCAUGAAUGGCCAAGAACUAAAAUUUAACACCAAGGUGAAGCUGUCGCUAUCUCACAGCGCAACACACCUACAGGGCUACGAGCUGGUGAUAAAAAAGCUGAUUGACAGGAAGACGAAUAAUUGGGAAGAUGUGGAUGGAACCGUGGACAUACGUUGUCGUCAAGACUUCGAAGACAAUCACCCUUCCCACAUGAAAAUACCGGACUUUUUCUUUCCGGUUGCUCAAGCUGAUAUAUCUGAGUGUUCAGCAUAUGCAGUAGUUUGCCGUCUAAAGGCUUCUCCAACUUACACCGUCACAUCUGGUGGCGGCUUAUUCAGCCAUCCUGACUUCCCAGGCGUGACAGUUACUAUCCCUGAGAAUGCUCUUGCACUUAACGCAAAGUUUCAGUUGGAGUUAAAGGUGCACGAAGUUCCAAAUGAAGAAUUUGAAGAGGAGGGUAGAUUUCUUGGACCUGUAUUGCGAAUCAACUGUUUUGACGCUGUUCAGUUUUUGAAACCUGUCACUAUUCAGUUGCCAAUUUCUCUUCUAGAGCAACAAGACUUGAAUCUAAAUCCCAGAACAUGUGACGUCAGAGUGCUGUUCCUCAAGUCCGAUAAUGGUCGAAAAGAAUGGAUUGAAAUCACUGAUGAUCUUGUGAAACCGCCAACUCUUGAUGGAAAGUUUGUAAGAUUCCCUGUGGAACGGUUCUCUGCCUAUUCGUAUUAUGUUGAGAGUAGAAACAAAAACUCAAGGUCUUAUAAACAAAGAAUUAUAAAUUUUCAUAACAGCCGUAUUUUUGUUCAGCCCAGACUGGCAGUCUUCUUCGGUUACUUUCGUCCGGAUCUUUUAAAAAUUUUGUGUCUGAUGUGUUGCCCUGCUCACCUUAAAGGAAAGGUGGUAAAAAAGCUUGAAAAACGAGGUAUAACGCCUAUUUACAAAAACUCCAAGAAAGAUAUGACACCUUGGCACGAUAAGGCAUCUGUGUUAGUAUCAGAAGGAAUAUGUCCAUAUAUAAAGAGGGACAUGGAGCAAAUUUAUCUUAGGCUGUUAGAGCACGAUUCAGACGAUGCUGAGUUGGAGGUUCGUUUUCGUGAUGACCGAGACGUAGCACGAGUGGAAUUUUUUAGCAUUUUAAAAGCCAGAGCGCCUCCUUUGUGUAGAUUGCACUUAAAAACGCCAACUCAGGGUGCGGAUUCUUCGGACUUGUGGGAACUUACGCAACAACCUAGAACAUUGAAGGAAGGCUGUCCAACGGAAGAUGAACUAGAACAUCUAUCACAAAAAGUCUCUAACGAUUGGAGAACGCUUGGGCGACGGCUAACUUUCCAUGAAUCACAGCUGCAAGAAUUUGAUGACUGCCAUAAACAAAUAUCCGAAAAAGCAUACGCCAUGUUGUUAGCCUGGAAACAAAGGAGCAGCUCAGAUGCCACCUACAGUGUUCUAAACAAAGCACUGUGCGACACGCGCGUGAAUCGUAGAGACUUAGCAGAAGAAUUUUGUCGGUACUGA